CUGGUUCCCGGGCUAGAAAAGAGCGGCUAUGCCAACGGCAGGGAUGGGUCCUCAGAGGUGCUGGCCGCUCGGUGGCUCUGAGGAGCGGCAGCUACUGGUGGCCUGUUUGCAGGUGUACUGCUGUCACUAAACACGGGCCCAUUUGAAAGCACUAGGGAAGCUCAGCCAUCAGUAUGUCCAAGUACAAACUGAUUAUGUUAAGACAUGGCGAGGGUGCUUGGAAUAAAGAGAAUCGUUUUUGUAGCUGGGUGGAUCAGAAACUUAACAGUGAAGGACUGGAGGAAGCUCGGAACUGUGGGAAGCAGCUCAAAGCUCUAAACUUUGAGUUUGAUCUUGUAUUCACAUCUGUCCUCAAUCGGUCCAUCCACACAGCCUGGCUAAUCCUAGAAGAACUGGGGCAGGAGUGGGUUCCUGUGGAAAGCAACUGGCGUCUAAAUGAGCGUCACUAUGGAGGCUUGAUCGGUCUCAACAGGGAGCAGAUGGCUUUGAAUCACGGUGAAGAACAAGUGAGGGUCUGGAGAAGAAGCUACAACGUGACCCCGCCUCCCAUUGACGAGUCUCAUCCUUACUACCAUGAAAUCUACAGUGACCGGAGGUAUAAAGUGUGCGACGUACCUGUGGAUGAACUGCCACGGUCUGAAAGCUUAAAGGAUGUUCUAGAGAGACUCCUUCCUUUUUGGAAUGAAAGGAUUGCUCCUGAAGUAUUAAAGGGCAAGACCAUUCUGAUAUCUGCUCAUGGAAACAGCAGUAGGGCACUCCUGAAACAUCUGGAAGGGAUCUCAGACGAAGACAUUAUCAACAUUACCCUUCCGACUGGAGUCCCCAUUCUCCUGGAGCUGGAUGAGAACCUGCGUGCUGUUGGGCCUCAUCAGUUCCUGGGUGACCAAGAAGCUAUCCAAGCAGCCAUUAAGAAAGUGGAGGAUCAAGGAAAAGUGAAACGAGCUGAAAAAUAAAGUCUUUCCCAAGUGCUGGCUUGGAAAAGCUCCAAAAGGAGUAGCAUGCAGUGUGUUCAGCAUACUGAUCUCUCUCUCUCUCUCUCUCUCUCGAUCUCUCUCUCUCUUUUUUCCUGUUUUUUUUCCAGAGCUAGGCUGUGGGGUAGAGUGUAUAUAGGUAACUAGAUAACUUAUGUUGGCUCAGAUAAAGGCUUUAGGAUGCCCGAGUGUUUAUGUCAUAAGCCUUAUGAGUUAGCUCUCCUGCUAGCCCUGUUUGAAUUAGCCACUAAUUCAAAUUAGUAACCAGUGGGGCUUAGUCAGUGUCAUCAGUUUCUGAGAUGGGAGAGUAACAAGUGGAGGUAAAUUUUAAGGUAUAUGUCACUCAAUAAAUUAUUAUCAAGUCAUCAUUGACAGGUACCACUUAAUCUAAUAAGUGGUUCACCUUUAUAUUUACUAAGACUUACUGGGAUAAUAGGAAAGGAUAUUAGAUAAUACACUAUACUUAAGUAUUUAUUACUAGUCUUUUCCUCUAGGAAAAGGGAUACCUCGAUAGUUAAGACCAGAGGCCCAUUAAAUGGGAAAGUCACAGAUGGGUUCAUCCAAGACAGCCAACAGCAGACAGCAGACCCUUUGCCUUGUCUCUAGUCCAGAGAUAUCCUUCGUUUGACAUUUGGUGGAAUUCCUCUUGGGCUGCUAGAAUUAGCAGCAUAUAGACAAUUAUAGCUGUUCUUUUUUGUUUCAUUUUUGGUUUUUGAACUUUAAUCUUUGGGUACUUAAAACUGGUUUAAAAAUAAAAUUCUGUGGUCGAAAAUGAUAUGACCAAAGCAUCUCCAUAUGACUGAUAAGUACUAAGUAAGGGCCUCUGAAGUAGUCUUUAGCUCGUAACUUCCUGUAACACUGAAAGAGUUGCACUUCCUCCAACACAUGGACACUCCUAAUUCUCAAUAAAUUGAAGGUCGGGGUCAGGGGGAAAGUAGCGUAUAGUGGGUGUAAUUUUAUUCCCAUGAGCAGGGGAAAUGGUAUAUUGGGGCUUGUCACGUACAUUUGUUGUUCAUCAGCUGAGGGCAGAAGAUUAUAGUAUGUAGCAUAACGUAGCUGGGGUAGGCCAUGGACAGAGUUGAUUGCUUAAUGAUACUGUUUUCCACAGUAUAUCUUUAGAUGCUGUAGGUAUGUAAGUCAUCAUUUCUUUAGGCUAUUUAUUGCCUUAUUUCAAAGCAAGUAACAUAUAUUUCAGCAAUAAAGUCAUGUAAAAAAUUUGCAGCUAUAAUAGCUGUUACAAAUACUUACCAUUUUUUAAUGAUUUUUCCAUUGGUGGAUUAGUUUAUUUGUAUCCGUUUUAUAGUAAAACUGACAUUAGAAGGAAACUAAUUCUAAAAGCCUUGCUACAACUUGGCCUCCAUUUAAUCUUUAAUUCAGGACUCUUAGAGCACUGGCUGAUGAAAAUGGCUGAAAAGAAGAGAUGAAAGUGGUUUGCUCACAACUGGCCACAUGUUUGGUGCAUAAAGACAUGAAAUGUGGAUGCUUUAUGUUUCUGACCAAUGUCUGGUUUCUCUUCUGUAGCCAUUCUUUGUAGUCCCAUUGCUUAACCAAAUAAUAUUCUUUAGAAUUCAGAGAUCAUUUCUAAUUCAUUUUUGUGCUUUUCUAAGUGACAAAUCUCUUUUCAAGUUCAGCUUCCCUCUUACCUGGAAAGCCUUUUGUAAGUCCUUCUUCCCUCAGAAACACACCACAAUUGCUUCAACAUCACAGAUCCUCAUCGUGUUUCCUGUUUCUGUCUUUUGCUUAAUUGGAUUUUGCAAGUUUUUGGCUCACCUAUGUAGCACCAUUCAUUGUGUUAAAUCAUGCCUUGCCUCACGCCGGAUCUGGCUGUGGCAGAUGCCGUGUUACACUGUAGCCUGAGGGUUUUCACAUUGGACUGUGAGAAUGUAAACCACCGAUCCCAAGGGGAAUAUGAAAUGUCCAAAAUAUAAGACUAUUUUAUCAUUCAAUCUCCCUCUAAUGACAAAGUUGUUUGGCAAAAUUAUCUGCAGAAUUUAAGUCACUCUUUUUCCACGAUUAGUAAAGUUUUGUUUAUUGGAGGAUAAUCUAGAUAUCUAGUCUAGCCUUUAAGACACUGGGACCUUAAGUUGCCAAAAAAUUGUAAGUUCCUUAGACAAUUUUUAAAGAUAAGCUAGAGUGUCCUCAUCACUUGCUGUGUACCAAUAAUAAAGCCACAUCUUAUUUGCGUUUUA